UAGAAUAAAACUUAAUCAUCGGUGACGUGGCAACGAUUAAGCCUAUAAAUUUUGAUAAUUCAACAUUAAAUUGUUAAAAUUAUAGGCUUGAUGUACAUCAGCAACGGGGUAAGAUAACUCUUACCCACUAUGAGUAGACCGUUUCUAUGCAUAUAUAUGAAAUUGAUUUCCUGCAUUCGGUUGGUAGGAUAAAAACUUCCCACUCACAGUUGUACGUACCGAUGCCUUUUUCUUUUUUGUGUGUAUAUAUAUCAAAGCGUAUUUCUGAAAUUCUACUCUGCAACCGAAAUCUAGUUUUCUUUACUUGCUUACUGAAAUGAUGGGAGACAGAGGAUCGAUUUUCCCUCCUGGUUUCUACUUUGAUCCGACUGAUGAAGAGCUUGUUCUUUACUUUCUAUAUCACAAGGCUGCAAACAUGCCCUGCAACUUCGAUAUCAUCCCUGAUCUUGAUCGUUUUCCACCCAAUCCAUGGGAAUUAAAUGAUAAGGCUUUUAUGAGUGAAAGGAAAUCGUAUUUCUUCAGCAGACAGAUGCAAAACCGAGCUACGGAAAAAGGGUUUUGGAAGGAGAUAGGCCUUGAUGAGGCCAUACAUACAAGUACCGGGAACAAAGUAGGAAUCAAGAAAUAUCUUGUGUUCUAUACUGAUGCUGUUUGCUCAGACAAGCAAACUGUUUGGAUGAUGGAAGAAUAUCAUCUGCUUAAAAAUGGUAUUUUCAGCGAAAUUUCUCAAACAGCAGAAAGUCAUAUCCAAGAUUUAGAUGAAUGGGUUCUAUGCCGAGUUCAUGAAGCAAAUAUGAGCUGUCACGGGAUCAAUUUCCACGAAACUGAUGGCGAUGGAGAUCAGCUUUCUUAUCUGGAUGAAGCCUUUCUGUCAAUGGAGGAUGAUCAAGAAGAGAUAAAUUUUCCACAUUAGAUUAAUCACUCAUCUGAGCUAAACGUUAAUCCACUGUAGUAGAUACCAUAUCGUUAUGUUUGAAGCAGUCAGACCGAUAGAUAUAUAUGUAUAAUGUUAGAAAAAGAAAAAGAAAUAUAUCGAGAAAAAAAAAAGCAUGAUGCAUGUAAGGAUGUAAAUGUUAGAAGACUUCUUGUUCUUGUUUUUCGAUAUUGAAUUAUGCUAGAUGGACAGGCCACAAUGGGCAUGUCCGUCCAGUGGAGACACGUGCCCCCC